AGACAGAAAUGGGAGGGGAUGCUGUGGGAGCCCAGAACUGGGACCCUCAGCCAUGGGAUCCCCUGGAACUGGGAUGGAUCCCUUGACACUGGGAUGGAUCCCUUGGCACUGGGAUGGAUCCCCUGGAACUGGGAUGGAUCCUUUGACACUGGGAUGGAUCUCUUGGCACUGGGAUGGAUCCUUUGACACUGGGAUGGAUCUCUUGGCACUGGGAUGGAUCCCUUGACACUGGGACGGAUCCCUUGACACUGGGAUGGACCUCCCGGCACUGGGAUCUCCCAAGCACUGAGGGCGCUCCCUGCCGCCCGCCUGUCGCGGGCGCUGUCGCGGGCGAUGUCGCGACAGGCGACAAUGGCGCCGCGCCCCUCCCGCCCACACCCAAGAUGGCCGCCUCGCCUUCCUGACGUCACUUCCGGCAAGCCUCCUGCGAGCGACGCGGUGACGUCACGGGCGUGCGUCGCCGCGCGCGGGAGCGGGAGAAGAUGGCGGCGGGGCCGAUCUCGGAGAGGAACCAGGAUGCCACGGUGUACGUGGGGGGCCUGGACGAGAAGGUCAGCGAGCCCCUGCUCUGGGAGCUCUUCCUGCAGGCCGGGCCCGUGGUCAACACGCACAUGCCCAAGGACCGGGUCACGGGCCAGCACCAGGGGUACGGCUUCGUGGAGUUCCUGAGCGAGGAGGACGCCGACUACGCCAUCAAGAUCAUGAACAUGAUCAAGCUGUACGGGAAGCCCAUCCGGGUGAACAAGGCCUCGGCCCACAACAAGAACCUGGACGUGGGCGCCAACAUCUUCAUCGGCAACCUGGACCCCGAGAUCGACGAGAAGCUGCUCUACGACACCUUCAGCGCCUUCGGGGUCAUCCUGCAGACCCCCAAGAUCAUGCGGGACCCCGACACGGGCAACUCCAAGGGCUACGCCUUCAUCAACUUCGCCAGCUUCGACGCGUCGGACGCGGCCAUCGAGGCCAUGAACGGGCAGUACCUGUGCAACCGGCCCAUCACCGUGUCCUACGCCUUCAAGAAGGACUCCAAGGGCGAGCGGCACGGCUCGGCGGCCGAGCGGCUGCUGGCGGCGCAGAACCCACUCUCGCAGGCCGACCGCCCCCACCAGCUCUUCGCCGACGCCCCCCCGCCCGCCUCGGUGCCGCCCGUCGUCACCAGCGUGGGGCCUGGCAGGUCACCCCCAGGCCUGCCUCCCCCCGGCUCGUUCCCGCCGCCGGUGCCGCCGCCCGGGGCGCUGCCCCCCGGGAUGCCCCCGGCCAUCCCCCCGCCGAUGCCGCCGGCGCCGGAGCCCGGGCCCCCCGGGGCUGCCCCUGCAGGGGGGCACCCCCCACACCCACACCCCUUCCCGCCCGGCGGGAUGCACCACCCAGGAAUGCCACCGAUGCAGGUGCACCACGGACCGCCCGGGAUGGGCCAGCACCACCCGGGCCCCCCGGGCUCUGGAGGGCAGCCACCCCCGGCCCCCGGGAAUGCCCCACCGGGACCCCCAAUGGGGCUCCCACGGGGGCCGCACUUCGGAUCACCCAUGGGUCACCCUGGGCCGCUGCCGCACCACGGGCUCCGCGGCCCCCCGCUGAUGCCGCCCCACGGCUACAACGGGCCCCCGCCCCCCUACGGAUACCAGAGGGUCCCGCUGCCCCCACGGCCGGCACAGAGACCCCCCGGGGUGCCCCCCCGCGGGCCCCUGCGGGGACCCCUGCCCUGAGAGGGGGGGGGCAGCCCCCCCACCCCGCUCGGGACCCUCUGCUCUCCACCCUCGGCCUUCCCGGGCCCCUCGGACCAACAUUCCCUCUCCUGGGGGGCACUGGGGGUGUCCCUGCCCUCUGUCCUUGCCCCCCACACUCUCCCCUCCCGUUUGUUUCCCUAGUGUGUCGGUUUUCCUCGCUCUCCCUACACCUCCUCCCGGUUCUCUCUCCCUGGCAGCUUUUCCGAGCCCCUUUUUUACCAGAUUUGCGUGUUUUGUAGGGAAAGCGGUGCCCGCCCGCUGGCAAAUAAAGGAUUUGGGAACCAA